AUGAAUAGCAUAAAAAGAAUUUAUGGUAACCAUGGGGUAAAAUGUAUGCAGUUUUUGAGCCCCAAUUUAGUAUGUAUUUCUUUUGGAAAUAUUAUAAAAAUAAUAAAUAUAAUAAAUAAAGAUAUAUUGUUAGAAUAUGCAGUUUCAAGUAGUAGUAACAUAUAUGGAUUGAUUUAUAAAAAGUGUGAUCAAAAUAAAGGUAUAUUAAUAUGUCAUGGGGUACAUAAAAUAUAUGCCUACAAAUUAUGCAUAGAUAAAUGUUCUUUAAAAUUAUUAUCUAAAUUUUGUUUAAAUAAAUGGAUAUUAAAAAUAAAAUUUUUUAAUUCUACUCAAAAAAAAAAUGACUAUACUUUAAUUACAUGUUUAAGCAAUGGUUCUGUUGUAUUAUUAGACAUAUAUAAAUGUAUUAUUUUACAAAAGUGGAAAUUUAAUGAUAUAUUUUUACUAUAUAGUGCCGAUAUUUAUAUAAAAAAAAAAAAAAAAAAAAAAAAAAGCUAUAAAAUUAUAAUAGCUGGAGGUACCCCCUUCAAUAAAAUAUUGCUAUGGAAUAUAAACAUCACAAAAAAGGAUGAACAAAAUGGGGAAAAGGAAAAAGAACAAAUCGCAACUCCGCUGGAGCAUUAUCAAGAAUUGGAGGGACAUAGAGGUAUAAUAUUUAAAGUGAAAUUUUUUAAAAAAUCAAAAUAUCUUGGUUCAGUAUCUGAUGAUAGAGAAGGAAUAAUUUGGUCUAAAAUAAAAAAGGAAGAAAAUGAUAAUAAUAUAGUUUUAAAUAAAUCUGCCAAUUUUCUGUUUUACUAUAAAAUAGAUAAGAUACUAACUGGACAUGAUGCUAGAAUAUGGGAUAUUGAAAUGUGCAGAUAUAAAAAUAAUAUUUAUUUCGUUACAUCUAGUGAAGAUUCUACUUGUAUUAUAUAUGAAAUACAAAAUAAAAUUAAAGAAAAUUAUAUAAACAAUAAAAGUGUGUGUAGACAAAAUGGAAUUCCUUUCAAAUAUUCAAGUACAUGUUCAGGAUCAAUUAGAUUUAUUUUAUUUAAUACAUCUUAUAAUAUUUUACUUUCAGGAUUUGAUAACGGUUCUGUACAUUUUAUUUCGAUUCAUACAUUAAUAAAAAAUAAUUCCAAAAUAAAUUGUAUAAAAAAUAAACAAAUAGAUAAAGAAAAUAAAUCAGAAUCUAUUUGUGAAAAUAAUUCAAAUCUUUAUUAUUAUGAUCCUGAUAUUUUAAAAAAAAAUAAUAUGAUAAAUUUUUUAGAUGAUAAUUUAAAUAAAGAAUUAGAUAAAACUAAUGAUUGGAUUAGGUCUAUAAAUCAUAUAAAUAUGACUAAUAUAAUAAUUUGUACAAAUUUUGGAAAAAUUUAUAUUUUAAAAACUAAUAAAAUAAAUAAUAGAUUAUUAUUGUUACAUAAAAUUGACGAUAAAAAUUCUUUAUUAACAUGUUUAACUUUUUAUGGAUUAAAUUAUAUUUGUCUUGGAUUUAGUAAUGGUUUUUCUUCUUUUUUAUUUUUAUCAAAUUUUAAAGAUAAUAAUAAUUCAAAUAUAAAUUUUUCAAAUUAUUUUAAAUGUUUUUCACAUCGAGUAAGUGAUAUGAAUCUAAUUCCUUUAUCUAAUUUAAGUUAUAAAAAAAUUACAUCAUUUAUUGAAUAUAAAAAUUUAGUUGAUAUUUUAUAUUUGAACUUAAAAAAAGAUACAUUAAAUAAUACAAAACAAACUAUUUUAGAUUCUAAUAAUACAAUUUAUGCAUCUACUGAUGAUUCUACAUUUUAUAAGCUUAUAUAUAAUACUGAAAUGGAAACAAAUGUUGAAUUAUCUAAAGUAGAAUCUUUUGUUUCAAACUUUUUAUUAGCCACAUUUGAUCAUACAGGAAAUAUCAAAUUUUUUGGAGUACAAAAUGAAGAUGGAAAAAUUAAUUUUAUUGAAAUAUCUGAAACAUUUAUAGAUGUGAAAAAUCAAAAAUCAAAAAUAAUAUCAUUUAAUUAUGCAUUAAGAGAAAAAUAUACAAAACAAGAAUCUCAAAAUAAUUUGAACACUUUGAUAUUUUUAGGUGAUGAAUAUGGAUGUAUUUUUAUUAUUUAUUUAAAAAUACCUAUUCAAAUAAAAGAAAAUAAAAGAAUAUACGAUUUUACAAAUUUAACUAUUAAAUAUAAAGACAAGAUACGGGUUCAUAGUAAUCGAAAAGUCUUUGACAUCAAAAUAAUUGAUGGAUUCAUUUAUUCGUGUGGCCAAAAUGGAAAUAUAAUAAAAUAUCAGUUAUAUAAAAAUAAAGUAUAUACAUUAUAUAAAUUAUGCUUAAUUAAAAUUCCAUAUUAUUCAUCCAUUUAUAAACUAAUUCCAAUAUUCAUUAAUACUAAAAAGGAUUCUACAUCUGACAAAAGCGGUUCUACAUGCGACAAAAGCGGUUCUACAUGCGACAAAAGCGGUUCUACACUUGCACCUGGUAAUGACACAACUUAUUCUCAAGAAGAUAAUAUCCAUAAUAUAAUUGUUUGCUGUUUUAAAGAAAAAAAAUUUGUUUUAUAUGAUUUAAAAAAUAAAAUUGAAUAUUUUUCAAUAGAAUGUGGAGGUUUUAGAAGGCCAUUAAGUAUUUUUAUGAAAUAUACAAAUAAUUUUAUUAACACAUUUUCAUUUUGUUUUUGUAAAGAGAAAAAUAUUUAUUUUUAUUUUAAAGAAUUGAAUCAAAAUAAAUCUAAUAUAAUACCAUAUAACCAAAUUUAUAUAAAUUCUGAUUUCCAUACUAAAAGCAUUUCUUCUAUUUUAUGGAUAAAUAAAAAUUAUUUUAUUACAUCUUCGGAAGAUGGGACUAUAAAAAUAUUAUUUUCUAAACCAAUUAGACAAAAUCAAGAAUCCAAAUCUGAUAUAUUUGACCAAAAAAAAAACACAAAAAAAAACACAAAAAAUAACACAAAAAAAAACACAAAAAAAAACACAAAAAAAAAAUAUAACAGUAGAAACUAUAUACGGAAUCGAAUUGAGGUGGUUCAAAAUAUUUAUAAUCAUAACGCACCAAUAUUUUCUAUUUGCUUUUUAAAAAAUUCAUUUUAUAAAUUUCGAAAUCUUCGAUUUUUAGCAAGUGUAGGUGCAAAAAAUUCUAUCAAUCUUUUUUAUAUUUUUAUAAAUAAUAAUAAUGUUCCAAUUAUGUAUCAUAUAGAAAAAUUAAAAGUUCCAGUUUUUUCAAGUAAUCUUCGAUUUUUAUGUGUUGAAGGAACAUAUAAAAUAUCAAAAUAUACAGAAAAUAGUUAUACCAUUCAUUUUGAUAUAUUUAUAGGAACAUCGAUGGGUCAUAUAUUUCGAUAUAAUAAUGGAAUAUAUGAAUUUAUAAUAUAUAAAAAUAUUGUUUUUACAAAAAUUCAAAAACAUAUAAAUUUAACAAAUUCUUACAAUUUACAUAGUACAAUUUUAUCAAUUAAUUUGGUUAAUAUUUUCAAAAAUAAAAUAUCAAACAAUAUAUAUAAUGGGUCUAAUCACAUUCCUCAUGAUAUGCUACAAAAAUCAGACUCAAAUAAAUUAUCUUUUUUUAUUAAAAAAAAUAACAAAAUGAAUAAAAAAGAAAUACAUAAUAUACUAGUAUGCGGAUUAAAUAAUGGAAAUGUUUAUAUUUAUCAUAUUGAAGAAACUAAAAUGAAUUUAUUAAAAAAAAUUAAAGUACACCAAAAUGGAAUUAAUCAAAUAGCUAUUAAAAAAAAAAAUAAUCGAAUUUUACAUAUUUUUACAUGUGGGGAUGACCAAUCUGUUAAUAUACUUUCUAUACAAAUUAAAGACAAAAUAAAGCAGUUAGAAAAUAGAGCAGAUGGAAAUAGUCAAAAUAUAUCUAACAAUUCUAAUACACAAAAGCGAUUUAAAAUUUUUAUUUUACAAAAUACUAACUUGCCCAAUUCACAUUACUCAUCAAUUAGAGCAAUUAUAAAAUUUUCAAAUUAUGUCAUAACAACAUCAUGGGACCAGUAUAUUUCUAUAUGGAAAAUAAAUGGGUGCAGCGCUAACAAAAACGGUGGAAAAAACAGUGGAAAAAACACACGCGGCAGUAGCGAUAAAAACACAUGCGGCAGCGACCAAAAUGUUGUUAGCUUGUCUAUUCUCAAAAAAUUUAAAAUGGCGGUUUAUGACGUCUCAUGCCUAAGUUAUUUGCCAGUUAAAAAAAAAAAAAAUAUUUUAAAAAAUUGCGAAAAUAAACUAAAGCCAUCAGAAUUCCAUAACUCAGAAUUCCGUAACUUAGAAACUAAUCGAACGAAUUAUAAUUGCAAAGUGUAUUUAUCAGUUGGUGGCACAAAUGGCAGUAUCGAAUGUUUCUCAUUAAGUCUGGCAAAAUAA